AUGCUGGGGACGUUACGAAAAUCUGGAUCAACGUUCUUUCACAUAUGGACUGGUAUUGAGAUCGGUUCGAGAGAAUCUUCUGCUCUUGUAUCACAUAUACCAAGUACUCCAUUAUAUUUGAGAGGAAUUCGCUAA